AGGCAAUCUCUCCUUUAAUAUAGUGUUUCUGGUGAAAAUAUUCGUAGUGCUACUUCUUGUUCGGAGCGGUCGCUACAAAAUGUAAGUAGUGAAAAAUGACCACUUUGAGGAUCAUCAGGAGCUCCUCAGUAGAACACCUGCUGACAAUGCAUUUCUGCUGAAAAUCUAACGUGCAGAGACGAAACCAUGAUCGACCUUUUCCUUCUUUUUUUCGCGAUCGCGGGGAUUUUCUCCUUUUUCGUGAUCAACGCGAAAAUGGUCUUCUACUACGAAGUAUGCAUUGCAAAAGUAUCGUACUAUUUCGUACAGUACUCUUUUCAAAAGGAAACAAAUGGAACUGGUCAUGAAAAUUCAGCCUUGCAAACUUACUAGACGUAAACUGAUUUGAUGUCAAUGUCAUGCAUAAAAGCACUCCGUUAUACUAGAUGAAGCGAGAUACUUUUGCACGGAAUACAGAGACUCGGACGAAGCUUCCAAGGACCACAUUGGGCUGCGCUUCGUGGUCAUCGCCAGCUUCACCAUUGCGUAUAUCGUGAUUUUUCUCCUGCCCAUUGACGUGCGGAACGCGCGGAAUAAUGGCGGCUUGAACAUGGAGGCGUUUUGGCUGAUCGCGUUCAUUUCUGUGAUCCUACUAAUCCUAUUACAAUGAAAAAUGCCCCCACCCCCGAAUUUGGGAGCAUUUGUAUUGCAAACCUUUCAAAAUGAAACAAUCGCCGUCUUGCAUGUAUCAGCAUCACAGAUUUCCGAUCGUGAAGAGCAAAAAUUUGUAUUGCAAAAGAUCCCAGCAAGAGCGGUGCUUGUCAUGCAAGCGAUGCGAAACAACACUAGAAUCUGCAUCAGAAAGAUUCCUAUUCCUUUCAUGCAUGACAAAAAGGUUUCAUUUGGAAACUUCGCAUCACAAAUUUUUGCAACUUUGGGGGUGGGGGGCACUUUUCACUGUAAUAAAUCCUGCUCGUGCUUCCCAUGGGCAUCUUCUGGCUCGUAUCGCAAGGAAAAAUCCCCCCUCCCCAUAUUGAAGAGGUAGGCUUUCGAAAAUUUGUGUUGCUGAUUUGAGGUCACAAAUCACGUGCGUGUUGCAAGAAGACAAGGGCAACAGCUUCCGUCCCAUUAUGGAGCCGGUUUGUCAUGCUGUUGAGCCAACAUCGCGGACGCUUUUCAUGCUAAGCGCCUAAGUCAAAGCCUCUCCAUUCAGGCUUGGUAUGGGUCUGCAGUCCUCUCCAGCAAGACAAAUGCGAUUUGUGUACUCAAAUACUGCAUCACAAAUUUCGUUUUCGAUAUGGGGAGGGGGGAUUUUUCUUUUUGAUAGCUCGAGAUCAACGGCGACUGGAAGAUCGUUUUCGGCAACAGCAGUAGCAGUAGCGCAGGAGGAGGAGCUGCGGCGACCAGCAAUGCGAACACGACCAGCCGACUCGCCCAAUUUCGCAACUCCAGCCCGGGAAGGAAAUUGCUCGUGAACAUGCUGUAUGCACCGCAAAUAAAGCAAUGUCGCCCUACGUAGUAGAAACAGAAAGUGGAUUUGCAUUGAAAGAAUUUUUUUUUCCAAAGGAGAACGAAGGUAAUGCAAUGCUGAGUUACCUGGGAAAUAAUUAUGCAUUGAAACAAAUCACAACUACGAGUGCGAUAUCGUUUGAACUUUUUCACAGGAUAAGCCGUUCUUUUUCUUCAUCGUCUUCAUGUUUCUCUUGAUUAGCUUCGCCUUCCUGGCCGUCGCCAAGCUCCCCGUGCAGGACUACCCGUGCGGCAACUGGAUCAGUGCGAGCGAGCAAAUUCGGUCGGGCCACGUGUGCGCAAUCUCCGCGGAGAAAUUCUUGGAGAUCAAUGUCAGAUUCGACAUCUACCUGAUGGCGGUCUUCUGCUUCCUCGGCUGGUGGUUGUUCGUCGUAUUUGGCGGCGUGGGCUUGACGGCGCUGCCCAUGGACCUGCUGAUCGAAUACCAAGACCGGCCGAAACCCAUCACCGCGAGUCAGUACGCGAGCCGGAAGAUCUUGUACGCGCAAACCGCGGAGUCGCUUCUCGCGAAGGCACAGGAACUGCAGGACCGGGAAACGGAACUGAAGGACGCCACCGGGGGGUACUUUUCCAACGUGAACAAGCGAAAACGGGAGCUGAAAACCGAGUUCAACAAGUUCAAGCAGUCGUGUAUGGAGUUCUCAAAUGUUACAUUCUCAACUGUUACAUGAAUUUGUAAUGCAAGACAAAGACUGGCAAAAGUGAAAGGCGGAAGAUUGCGCCCUUUGCAUUACAAGUUUGCCGCAGGUUUAGCCCUUCCGAAAUUUGUCGUGCGAAGCAGCUUGAUCAUCUGCCGGCUUAAGGUGCUUUUGCGUGACAAAUUAAUGGAACAGUUGAGAAUGUAACGUUUAAGAGUCCCAUAUCGUGCUUUUUGCUCGAAAAGGAGUACGACCACAUGGAGAUCUGCAUGAAGCAGCGGGGCGAAAACCCGGUCACCAGCGGGCUCAAGGUCUUUUUCGGGGUCAUUUUCGCGAUCAUCUCCUUUUUCUGGGUGCUGCACAUCUUCUUCUACCUCCUCAUCGACCAGCCGGGCGAGGAGAACGAGGAGCCGGUCUCCCUCAUGCUGAACGAGUUCUUGCAGGCCUUCGAGUCCAGCGGACUCUUCGUGCUAGCCGCGGUGUUUUUCGCCAUUCUCAACAUGCACCUGGUGUUCGCGACCGUCACCGGCUGUCUGAAGGUGGGGAUGCGAGCGUUCUGUCUGUUUUCCAUCCACCCCAUGAAGAAGGGCCACACGCCACUCAACAGCCUGCUGUUCAACGCGAUUCUGGUGAAUUUCACGUCUUGCGCCAUCGUCCAGUUUGCGCAGCUGGCGUUCCGGGACUACGCGCGCGCGACAACGGCAGACGUGGUUUUCAAUGCACAGAUUCGGUACUUGAAGUUCUACCGCGCGUUUUUCGAAAACGACGUGUUUGUGAUUAUGUUGCUAUGCUGGUGCCUACUAAGCUUUGCAUAUUUGUUAAUGUACCCGCGGGACAAACCCGCUUUAAAAUUAGGCGAUGAGAAAAGCACGAGCCAAUUCUUGCAAAUUGUUGGGAAAGGACAAGAGGAAAAGGACAAUAUAAAUGGGAGUAAAAAUAACAGUAGAACGGGAAGUAAAAAUUCUGUGUAGUAGUAGUAGAAAUGGUUCAACAUUUGAAAGAACCAGUCGUACUAGCUGGUUGCUGUAUAGAGAAAAAAGAAGAACCCAAUAUCCUGACGCAGCACG